AAGCCUGCAGCCUUUCAUUACGCGCAUUCAAGGCGUAGCUAUGAGUCUGUGCCUCCCUCCCCUCCCCACUCUCGCAAGUAUCUGAUUCCGAAAACAGUCGCUAGGCACCAAAACAGUGCCGGAUUCUUAUUCCUUUUUUUUUAUGCUUUUUUGACCGGGGGGGGGGAGUGUUUGGGAGUUUUGGUGCGUUUAAGGAUGUUAGACUCCGACAGCGAGCUGAGCUUCGACGCAGUUAAUUCCGGUUACAGCUCAAUGAGCAGCGAGAGUUGCAGUAGCUUCAGCCGUCUCUCGUUCGAGCUCACAGUCCCGACGACGUCGCAUUCCUCGCCGGAGAGCCUGACCCUAAAGCCCCACCGUUCCUCCGACUUCGCCUACUCGGCCAUCCGCUCCGCCACUUUCCGUCGCCGGACGGCCGGCGGUUUGACUUUCCGGGACUUUCGUCUGGUCAGAAGGAUCGGCGCCGGAGACAUAGGUACCGUCUACCUCUGCGCCCUCCGCGACUGCGAACUCUCGGGCGACGACGAUCAGGAGCAGUGCUUGUACGCGAUGAAGGUGGUGGAUAAGGACGCCCUGGCGAAGAAGAAGAAGGUGCAGAGGGCGGAGAUGGAGAGGAAGAUUCUCAAGAUGCUCGACCAUCCCUUCUUGCCCACUCUCCACGCCGAGUUUGAGGCAUCGCAUUUCUCUUGCAUUGUCAUGGAGUUUUGCUCCGGCGGUGACUUGCAUUCCUUGCGCCACAAACAGCCCCACAAGCGUUUCUCUCUCACCUCCGCAAGGUUUUAUGCUGCCGAGGUUCUCGUGGCAUUGGAAUACCUCCAUAUGUUGGGAAUAAUCUACAGGGACCUCAAGCCUGAGAACGUUUUAGUCAGAUCGGACGGUCACAUCAUGCUCUCGGACUUUGACCUCUCCCUCUGCUCCGAUGCGAUCGCGGCCGUUGAAUCUCCAUCUUAUUCUCCAGAUCCCGCGAUCACACCGAGCCCGUCCCACGCCCGCGCCGUACCCGCACCCUUCUCCUGCCUCUCCAACCGUCUCUUCCGGUCACGCAAGGUCCAGACCUUGACCCCAAACCGGCUCUUCGUGGCGGAGCCAGUGGGCGCCCGGUCAUGCUCCUUCGUUGGGACCCACGAGUACGUCUCACCAGAGGUCGCGUCCGGCGGGUCCCACGGAAACGCUGUUGACUGGUGGGCCUUCGGGAUCUUCGUCUACGAGAUGAUCUACGGCCGCACUCCCUUCGCGGCUCCAUCUAACGAGACCACCCUGCGCAGCAUCAUAAAGAAGCCCCUGGCCUUCCCCACGCUCAAGCCGUCCAGUGCGCUUGAGCUCCACGCGCGUGACCUCAUCUCCGGGUUAUUAGUCAAAGACCCAGCUAACCGACUCGGGUCGAAGCGCGGAGCCGCCGACGUCAAAAAGCACCCUUUCUUCACAAACCUCAACUUCGCCCUCAUCCGCUCGCUCACUCCGCCGGAGAUCCCCGGCCCAAAAAGUCUCAAAACGAGGUCGUUGCCGAGCAAUAGUAGUGCGCAAUUCACUGCGUUCGAGUACUUCUGAGCCAAGGGCGGGAUUCGCGCCACGUGUCAAGUAGGUCCUGCCAGAUUUUGUCUCUGGCGGGUGACAGCGACAUGUAUAUUCGAGCUGUCUUUUUUUUUUUUUUUUUUUUUUAACGUAUCGUUACGUGACUUUUUAUAUGGUCGAGGAUAUAUACAAUAUGGUUUUUUACGUAAAU